AUGUGCUGGAUGGCGGACGAUGCAAUCGGGUUCGACUUUUUGGCCGGCAGUGGGAAAGCCGGGUGGAAUUUUCGGAUGGCGAUGGCUAAUGUCGAUGCCUGGUUCGGUCACCCAGACUCACUUGGCAAGGAACGUGAUGAGCAAAGGUCAAAUCUCGUCCCAUUUGCGGUGACUCGGUGA